CGACGAGAUUGACAUAAUGGAGCCAGCGCAGGAAACACGUUGGCCAUGUGAUUUAUGCCACCGAUCUUACCAGCGCAAAGACCUACGAGACCGGCACCGGCGUCGCUGCGUUAAAUCCGCAGCUCGCAGUCCAGCAUCCAAGCGAAAAUCAUGUAUGGAAUGCUCGCGAUCCAAAAUACGAUGCGACCAGGUUUAUCCGACAUGCUCUCGCUGUGCUGCUCGGGGGACUGGCUGUAUUUACUCUCAUUUACCAUCUUCAACUCCUCCAACAUCUUCCGUCAAUCAGACCCAGGCGACCCAUCCGACCCCCGGAGGCAUCGAUGAACCAAGCAGCACAGCAUCAUUUGAAAGACCAGAAUCAUCGCAACAUGCCGAAAUCCUGCUUGGCGCUGACUGGGAUAUUGGCAUGGAUAUUGACGGUAAUAUCUCAGACAGUCUGUACUUUGACGAGCUACUCAAUCCGUAUUAUUUCCACCCCCAGGAUGUUUUAGCUACGGGAAGCACGGUAAAACCGAGCCAUAAUCGAAUGACCGAAUUGCAUGGAAGUGCACCGGAUCGAUCCAGGCUGCUAAGCCAACAUUCUGGUUCUUUGGGAUCUAACAUCUCCGGAUUGAAUUUUUUAAAUACAGUUACGCUGCGUAAUGUAUCCAUUGGUACUUCUCAAGUUUCCCCUUCACAGCGCGAAAAUGAACCAUUAGAGGAUGAACGAACUCCAGCCUCUCAAGGAAGAACCCAAACCGAAGUAGCGAAUUCCAGUCCAUCAAGUAUUUUCCCGCGACCUAAUGCAUCCCCUCUUCAACUACUUCUCCAAGACUUGUCUGCCGAGAGAAUGGCACAGAUAUUACAAUCAUACCCAGGAAGAAUGCUUCAAAAAUACGGCCAAGUACCAUUCAUACAUCGCCAAUUAUACAAUUACUCGGAGGAUUUAUUAAUCGAAGGCCCUUUAUCUACGGCUUUGUGCUUUAUUGCUGCACACAUCACCAAGACCUCUGUCACGGAAGAGUUUGUCUAUAGUAUAUUGAAUACCGAAAGACGCAGAUUGAUCCGGGAAUUUCAAUCAUCGAACAAUGAAUGUGCGCCUGCUACUGCUAUGGUGCAGGCUAUGUGUCUAUACCAGAUUGUCGCAUUAUUCGAUGACAAGAAAUCACCGACAGCACAUACGGUUGAGCUAUACCAGGGAAUUUUACUAAAGAUGGCACGAGAACUCCGUCGACAGUACCUCCAACACCCAAACACAAGCAACGACUGGCAAGAGUGGUUAAGGUAUGAAACCGUUCGGCGGACAUUCUUUCUCGUGCAUAUAAUCAACGUCCUUUCCUCGAGAAUGAAGCUACAAAGUAGUAUGUACUCUGAGCCUCUCGAUGACGACUUUAUCCUCCACGCGCUGUUGCCCCGAACCGCUGAUGUGUGGACAGCCACAUCGGCCGAGCAAUGGGGGUCGAUGGUAUGGCGGGGUAGUAACCAGGCCACAACCUGGGAAAUUGUGCAGGCGGACCAAUUGGUUCGGAGUCGACCAGAUGGACCGAGGUAUGAGGAGUUGUGGAGUCGACUGUCAGAGUUGGACGAGUUUGCGAGAAUGGUUGUUGCGUGCUCUGUUGAAAUAGAGCGAUAGUGUAGAGCCAUCGCGUUUUCGGAGCCAAAUGGUCAUGAACUUAUACAGAUGACAAACUCUCGCAUUUUGUUGGCCAUAGUCCGGCUUUUCACAAGUCCGAAGACGAAAUAAAGGAAAUUGUUUCCUCAUAAACUUUAUUCAGUAUCCUUCAUUUAUUCUAUUUGAUUUUUUUGACCUUUU